AUGCAGACACCAGCCGUUCUUCCCCAAACAUAUCUGCGCUAUAUCAAACAGCUCAAGCCGCUCACUUCCAUAUCAGGCGUAUUGCAACGACACCUACGAAUUAUCGUAUACAUAUACCGUAUCAGUACUAAAAAUGCUAUCAAAGCUAUUAGAGCAAUUUUCCUUCAGCGAUCCACCAUAGUAGUUGCACUUUUUGCUUAUUUAUGCGAAGUUGUACCUAAUUUAGCGAGAAAUACAACCAAACAUUUGUUGGAGCUCAAGGCAAAGGGGCUUCUGAGUGAAACUUGGAGGAUACUUAUUGCUCCACUACAAGCUGAUCGUCUGCCCAUUUUUAUGAUCCGCUUAGUGGCAACAUUAAACGUUUUGAACCCGUUAUUCAUGAAGGCAUUGUAUCCGCAUAUCGAUGGGGAAUACUUUCUUUUUACAACCACGUUCCUCGCAGGGUUGAUAUCAUCGUUGUUACAUUUUCCUCGUUUUCAGCAACUAAAAAUAGAGAAUGAUAGGUUCUACACAUUUGACUGGACGUGUAUUUUAGCUACAAAAGCAAUCGAUUCCGUGAUAUCUGCAACAGUUUCUCCCCACUUGUCAUCACAGACAAAUGAUAUGGCUGAUUUGUUGGUUAUCUUGGUGUCCACGUAUUGCGUGAUGACUGCGUGGUGGCUUCGGCCAAAAAGACUUAGUCCUCAAAUGGUGAAUUGGAUAACAAAAAUGACUCGUAUAGAUCCGAGAGUACAAAAAGGAGUGCAACAGCUACACCAAGACUCUAUUAAUGGAGCCUCGUUUGAAGCGUUUCAAACUUUUGCAUAUCAGAAAGGUAAGAACUUGCAAACAAGAGACUUGAUUCAACAUGAUAGAAUACCGUGCGAGGUAUUGCAUGAAUUUACCACAGAAAGUUGUUGCAAGCACGCGCUUGACAAUUUUGUAUCUCAAUUCGCCUCCAGUUUAAAACUAUACUCUUACAUCAACUUGUUCACAUUUGUGUUCUUCAGAGGUUUCAAAGGAAACUUGAAGAAAUUGUUGAUAAAAACGGUUAAAUCAUCAUUAUUUGUUAGCUCUUUAACAACAAUUCAUUGGGGUUGUAUAUGUCUUGUGAGAAAUUAUCACCCCCGGUGGUACGGACAGAAAUUUUGGGACAUUUUGGGCAUAAGAGUGGGGUCAGCACUUGCUGGAUUAAGUGUGUUGUUUGAAAGUGCCAAAAGGCGUAACGAUUUGAUGUUGUUUAUAACACCAAAGGCAUUGGGCACUUUCUUCGAGGCGACAGACAAUGACGAGAGAAGAAAGUGGGAGACAAUCGCGUUUAGUGUGAGCUUUGCCGUGUUGGUGGCAUUUGCGAGACUGAGCCCCAAACGACUUAGAGGUGUCGUUGGCCAAGGAUUGAGCUAUAUGGUUAAGUGA